AUGACUGCACUCGCGCAGCGUGUGCAGCAGGCGACGGAGUUUAUUUGCCGCGCACGUCAAGAGGAGACGCCGGACGGAAACCCACUCGUGGCAGCGCGCAGUUACAUUACCGCCAUGGAAAUCAUUGCCGCUGUCGCCGACGAGGUCCCCACCGAAAACAUCUCGGAAAGGCGCUUUUUGUUGUAUCAAAUUAGGCAGAGAAUGGAGAUGUACUACGAGCGGGCGGAGCUCUUGCUUGGCGUGGCUGAGGAUUCGGGCUUGGUGGAUAAACCCGCAGCGAAGGGGGGCCUCGCGACGGCCCUGCGUUCGAUUCACAGCAAUGAUCGCUCCGCAUCGACCACCCCAACGGCGCCGUUGGCAAGCGACGCGGUGGUGGGUAUUCCGCUCACGCCGGAGGACGGCGGCCUCAGCGCGCCACCCACGGAUCCACCAGUGCAGUACUAUUUCUCGGAGCCACCGCCCCCACCGGCGCCGGCGCCGCCAGCUGCGCCCUUCGAGGACCCCCUGGAGGCGUUACUCAAACAAUUGACCUUCGAUGAUGAAGAGAAGAAGUGA